CUGGCGGCAUCCUCUCUCCCGCUUAUCGAUGGGCGCUCAUUCCAGCCAUUAAGCUUCCGUCAAAAGAAAGGGGCGUUGCCUCUGUUUGAAAUUCAUUUCCCUUUUCUUGCGAUCGUCCGCUGAAUCGAGUCAUGGCUGCUUUGCCCAUCCUGCCAACAUGGAAUUAGUAGACUCGCUGAAGAUUGUGUCUUGGAUCCUGUGGGUGUUGGGCGUCGUCGUCGUCGUGUGUCGGCUGAUCGCGAGGCGCAUGAAGCUCGGCAAAUGGGGCCGCCUCAUGGUUGAAGACUAUCUCAUGGUCUUUGCUCUCGUCAACUUCACCGGCGUCGUCGUCAGCAUCAACGAGGUCGCCAAGAAUGGCAGCAACUAUAUGCCCGAGGAGGUGGCCAAGAGCCUCGAUGCCAAGGGAAGGGCGCAGGCCGUCUUCGGAAGCAAGAUGACCUUUGUUCUCGAGAUUUUCACCCUCACAGCAACCUGGACCGUCAAGGCAUGUCUGUUGCUGCUGUACAGCCGACUGACAGAAGGCACGUCGACACGGCAGAGUUUGGCCGUCAAGAUGGUUGCCGGCUACUGCCUCGUGACCUACCUUCUCGUCACCUUCAUGUUUGUCUUUUUCUGGUGCAGUCCCCAUACGUAUGAGUAUUGGGAGGUCCCUGUCAGAAUAUCCCAAUGUGCCAGUUACUAUAACCACAUGAUCUUCGCCACGGCGUGCAACAUUUCAUCAGAUCUCAUGUUGCUCUGCGUUCCGAUCCCGAUCAUGAUCAAGAUCCGUCUGCCGAUGAAGAGGAAAAUCGGCCUUUGCUGCGUCUUUGGUCUGGGAAUUUUCAACAUUCUUGCCGCAGUCCUGAACCGAUACUACAACUUCAGCAACCCCAACUCAUACGUCUUCCUCUACUGGUACGUCACCGAGGUCGGCGUGGCCAUUUACGUCGGCAACCUGCCGCUCUGCUGGCCCGUCAUCCGGCUCGCACUCGGCUCCAAGGGCGACUCAUCAAACCCGUCAUCAUACCCGAACCCAUCAUACCCGGAAAACUCGGCCCGUCGCAAGACCCAGAGCCGCAACCCGCUCACGAGUAAGGCAUCCAUAUGGGCCAAACUGGAAGACGAAGAUGGCACGCGGACUGACGGGUCCCGCGACCAAGGCAGCGAAAUUGAGCUCGUGGGCAGCCCGAGAGGACCGGAUCUGGUGAAACAGCCAUACCAGACCGAGGCGGAGGUUAGCAGUGAUCCCAAACCCCAUCGGCACAAGCCGAGCGACCACAUCACGGUAGUCACCAAGGUGGAUGUAACGACGACGUGAAUGCGAAAA